CUUUUGACUUGUCGGAACAAUCGGGAAAACCAUUCGAAAGUAAGAGAAGUUCUCGUUUUCAAAGUUGGUGCUUUCUUAUUAAGGAUAAUUUCUGAAAAGUUUCAAAAUUGGUUGACCACACAGGACACAGUUAUUCGUGAAAUGGUUCUAUCAUCAGAGAGUUGGGUAGACGAAUUAAACAGUAGAUGGACACCCGUUCUUUUUCUUGUCUUGGGUAUUUUUACCAUGAUAGGACAGAUCUAUAUUGGUCCAGUUGCAUGCAAUUUCCCAGGACAUUUUUCAGAAUCGGAUGUCAAGUAUGGCAAUUUUAGAUGUUUUACUGCAACCUAUCUUGGCGAAAGCUCAUUUAAAGCUUUAUCCACAAUUCCGACGGUUUCUAGCGACUUUGAGGAACACAAAACUUACAUACGAACCCUGUAUCAAUACGUUCCUUUAAUUCUGAUAUUACAAGCAAUGUUCUUACGUAUUCCGUAUUUCCUGUGGAGAUUUGGAGAGAAAAAACUAGGCAUACAUUUUGAUGUGACGUCCGGAAAAUAUGGUGACAAUGGUAAAUUGGUCGGAAUAAGACUUGCAGUCCACUUGAAACAGUGGAUCGAGACCAGGAGCGUAAACAUUUUAUCCAUUGGGUCGUUUACAAUUUUCCAUUGCUUUAUUAAACUUCUUUAUUUAGCGAGUGUCGCAACUCAUUUUGGACUAUUAGAUCAUUUCCUUAAAAAAGAAAAUCAUAUCAGUUUUGGAUUACAAGUGCUUGAAAACAUCCGAGAGAGUGAUGCAUAUUUUUUCCAAAAUUCACCUGCAUUCCCAAGAGAAAUAAUAUGUACCUAUGCCAAAGUGUCUGUACAAAGUAUUCAAAAACAAAACGUACAGUGCAUACUCCCUUUUAAUCCGUAUCUGGAGCAGAUUAUGGUUAUUAUCUGGUGGUGGAUGACCUUCCUUAUUGCUUUAACUAUAUUCGAUGUCUUCUGCUACUUUUUUGGAGCUCUUCGACCGAAUUCCAGGAGUUGGUUUGUUAAAUCCAAUUUGUUAAGGACUGACCUGGUAUUAAAUGAGAGACAAAACAGCAAAUUUGUAAACUGGUUAGGCGGAGACGUCAUUCAAUUUCUCCAAAACAUCCAAGACCAAGAAAAUGGAUGUGUCGUCAUGGAAACCAUCACAGAAUUGUGGAGGAUUAAAGACAAUAGUGGGUAUUCCACACCUGGCCCUUCAAAUGAAGAAAUCCAUGGCAUGGUAACAUCAUUCUAAUCGUAUGUUAGAGCGCACAUCAAUGGACAAACAGAAAGGACAGACGUUUGAAGUCACCAUAAUGCAAUU